AUGCAACUAAUUGGUACAAGUUGUUUAGUGAUUGUCUGUUUAAUACAGAUACUUGUUCCACUUUGUAAAUGUACUACAUGGGCUAUUCAAUGCACCGGAAAUGAAUGUUGUGAUAUCGAUGUACCAAAAAGCAAUCUCACAACGACCCUUUGUUGUGUUAAAGAUGGUUGUGAGGGUCGUAAUGAUAAUCAAGAAAGUACCUUACAAAACUACGGGCGUAAACAGCAAAUGGUUAACAGACUAAAAGAAGGUGUACAAAAAUUGGGUGGUUAUUGA